AUGCUUACUAAACCGUUGUCCUGGAAAAUGAGAUUGACGCUGUCAUAUACUGCUGUCUUAUUUAUCGCUAUUGUUAGUGGCACGCAGUAUUUGUUUUCUGCAUAUGGUCCUGCGCUGGCCGAUAGGCUGAAAUUAUCAUCCACGCAGACAAAUAUAAUCGCUUCUGCUGGUAAUUACGGGCUUUUUCUGACGAGCCCGAUCAACGGCUACUUGGCUGACAACUAUGGUCCUCGAAGGGUUUGCCUAGCUGGAUCGUUCUUGAUAUUCACAAGUUUCUUGUGUCUGGCACUGACGUUCGAUGGAUUAUUGCCUCAGUCAUUCUUGUUAUGUGCAUUAUAUUUAAUGUUGUCGGGAGUUGCAUCUUCAGCAGGUUUUAUGUCUGCGUUAACGACUGCUGUAAGUGUAUCAAUACGUGUUGGCUUUGUGGAGUAUACAUACAACUCGACAGCAAUGGAUCUAUCGCAUGAUACCUAUCGCUUCCUUCUGUGCAUCGCCAUAUCGACUGGUAUAUGUCAAUUUAUUGGAUCAUGUCUAUUAGAUCCUAUUUCCCUUGAAUCGAUAACAGACGAUGACUUGAGCGAGACGACACAGCAAUCAUCGAAUGCAUCCGUCGAAGCGGAAACUAAUAGGUACAGGCAACUGGCACAGAAUGAGGAGACUCCAUCAUUGAGAAGUAUUCCCGGUGAGCAGCGUUUGGAAAUUAAUACUGACGCUCAGUCGGAACAGACUCCAUUGUUGAGACAGCUCCCUAAAGAGCCUGAAAUUAGCGGAUGGCGUUUAAUAUUAAAUAAUAACGCUCAAUUGCUAUUUUUGGCAAUUAUAUUCCUUGGUGGGGCUGGAUUAAUGUAUAUCAACAACGUGGGGACUAUAGCCAAAUUACUUUAUGCCUCGUCGUCACGCAAUAGACAUGGAAUACCCAACAAAUCACACGAACUUCAACAUAUUCAGAAUUUUCACGUCUUUUUAUUAUCAAUUUUUUCAUGUACCGGUCGACUGUCCAGUGGAGUCUUGUCGGACAUAACCAGGUCUAUGUAUGAUAUCCGCAGACUAUGGUUUAUUAUAAUAGCAGGAGUCUUACUACUUAUUGGACAGAUAUUGGCUGGAUUUAUCGCAACAAGUUUAAAGACACUCUGGUUGGCAACAAUCUGUAUAGGAUUUGGGUAUGGAUGUAUAUUUGGUAUUGCUCCCGCUAUUACUAGUGAAUGGUUUGGAUUACAGCACUUUGGAUUCAACUGGGGAAUAAUGGCCUGU